AUGUCAUACUUUGAAGCAACUUUGAUCCCAUGGGAGUUACCCGAUCGACCGAGGGAGGGAGGGGCCAGGGAGCAUAAACGCGGCGGCCGGCCGGAGGUGGUCGCACAACGCGGGCCGAGCACGGUCCGCAUGGAGCCGGGGGAGGCGUGCUUCCCGCAGCUGGGCAACCUGUCGUGCCGGAAGCCCCCGUCGCUGCCGGGCGUCCUGCUGCCGGGCGUCCUGCUGCCGGCCGUCUGCCUGCUCACCGUGGCGCUCAACCUGCUGGUGGUGGUGGCCAUCUCCCACUUCAGGCACGUUCUUCCCGCAGGCCGAGUGGAGUGUGUGGGCUCUAUUGGGUGCGUGUGUGCGUCAUUUGCUUGUGCCUGUGGCGACAGGCGUCUGCGCAGCCCCACCAACCUGCUCCUGCUCUCGCUGUCCGUGUCCGACCUGCUGGUGGGCCUCCUGGUGUGGCCGGGCGAGAUCUACAUGAGCGCCGGCUGCUGGGCUUUGGGCGACGCGGCCUGCUUGGCGUACCACUGCGUGGCCUUCACGGCGACGUCGGCCUCGGUGGGGCACAUGGUGCUGAUCUCGGCCGAGCGCUACGUGGCCAUCUGCCGCCCGCUGCGUUACAACCUGACGGUGACGCUGAGGCGAGUUCAAGGCUGCGUGUGUCUCUGCUGGCUUUUGUCCGUCCUGCACACCGGCGUCCUUCUGAGGGCUCAGCUGGCCCGGCCGCAAAAGACCAGCCGGUCUUGCUACGGCCAGUGCUUGAUCGAGGUGGAUCUGGAGGCGGGGCUCCAGGACCUCCUGCUGACCUUCGUCCUUCCCCUCGGCACCAUCGUGGCUCUGUACUCGCGCGUGUUUGCGGCGGCCCUGUCUCAGGCGCGGGCCGCGCGCUCCCGGGUCGCGUGCGGCAAAGCGCGCCGUUGCGGAGCCAAGAAGUCGGAGCUGAAGGCGGCCAGGACUCUCGGGGUGCUGGUCCUGGUCUUCCUGAUGUGCUUUUGUCCAUUUUACAUCUACUCUCUGGCGGGCGGGCUGAGCUUUUCAUCGUCAGCGGCGCAAUAUUUGCUCUACCUCUUUGACUUCAACUCGUGCGCCAACCCCUUGAUCUACGCGUUGUUCUACCCGUGGUUCCGAAGAGCCGCCGGCCACGUGGUGACGCUGCGCAUACUGCGGCCGGGCUCCCGGGGACUGGCGCUCUGACGUGCGUGCGAAGGAAGAAGCGCGUCUGCACCACUCCAAAGCCAUCAGCAAGGAAAAUCAAACGUCAAUCGCGAGCGACACCCUCGUCAACAGUCGGCACCAUUGGAGUCGUCGACGCGCCUGUGGUAGAUUGGAUCGAGCACUCGGGGCUCGACUGUGUUGGUCUGUCUGUAUUGGGGGUCGGUGACGGGUUGACUGAGCAGGCAGUAAAGAUGGGCUCGUACUGCA